AUGGCAAAUAUACAUACGCUAAAUGAAAUAAAUAAUGGGGCACCCUUGGUAUCUGGCAAUAAACUUGGAGAUUCGCCAUCUAAUCGAUAUCCAUCUAGCCGAACUGAGCUUGAGAACCAACUUGCUUGUUUAAAACAUGAUCUAGAUAUUGCUUUAAUUCAGCUUGGCACUAGAAACACUCUCCUGAUAAAAAAUAAUGAGAGUUUUUCAGAGCGCGUAUGCCAGCUUGAAGAUGAGAUACAAGCUCUCCAAUCGGAAAUAAAAGAGUUGGAAAUGAAGUAUUUUUUAGCCCAGAAAGACUUAUCAGAAAUGGAUUCCCUUAGACGAGAGUUGGCGCAGUCAAGGCAAAACGUUGAGCUAAAGAAUGUUGACUUAGAUCUGAAGGAAGAUGAAUUAAGCGAAAAAAAGGGUGAAUUAAUGCGUACAAAGACAUUAUCAGAGAAAGAGAUCCUCCAUCAAGAAGCUAAUAAUCAUUUAGCCGAGCAGAUCCCAAAAACAUCUACCGAGUCUGAAGUGCUUGGAGGUGUUAGCGGACUGGAGAAAGAUAACGGGAUCACUAGUCCUGAAACAACCCCGAAAGUACCUAAUUCCUUAUUUUUUCAGCAUGCAAUCAUCUUCGCAAUAGUAUUACUAAUCAUAUACUUCCUAUGGCGCAUAUUCUCUUAUCUAUAUUCUUUUAUUUCACCUAUCAAUGAAGAAAAAAAUCUUCCGAAUUAUAAAAUACCCAUAAAUAGAAAUUAUAGUUAUGGAUUCCCAAUUCACAAUGCAGAAGAACCAAAAAACAGGACUACCUCCUAUGAAACUUCGUCUUUUGGAUAUGGAUGA